AGAUCCUGAAGUACUUCCUAGGAAUCAUGGAUCCGCUCAACCACACGUGGACCCAGAGUUUCGUCCUCGCUGGUUUCAGUGUCCCCGGAACCCUGCGACCUCUUGCCUUCUUGGGGACCCUGUGCCUCUAUCUCCUCACACUGGCCGGGAACCUGUUCAUCGUUGUCCUGGUCCAGGUGGAUGCGGGACUGUCCACGCCCAUGUACUUCUUCAUCGGUGUCCUCUCCUUCCUGGAGCUCGGGUACGUCAGCGCCACGGUGCCCACGCUGCUGCACACGUGGCUCCGUGGGCGCUCAGCCAUCUCGGCAGCGGUGUGCUUCAUCCAGCUGUACGUCUUCCACUCCCUGGGCAUGACCGAGUGCCAUCUGCUGGGCGUCAUGGCGCUGGACCGCUACCUGGCCAUCUGCCGCCCGCUCCACUACCGGGCACUCAUGACCAGAAAGGUCCGGUUCUGGCUGGCAGGGGCCGCUUGGGUGGCUGGCUUCUCAGCGGCACUGGUGCCAGCCAGCCUCACGGCCACCCUGCCCUUCUGUCUGAAAGAGGUGGCCCACUACUUCUGUGACCUGGCACCGCUGAUGCGGUUGGCGUGCGUGGACGCAGGCUGGCACGCUCGAGUGCACGGGGCGGUGAUUGGUGCGGCCACUGGCUGCAACUUCGUGCUCAUUUGGGGGCUCUACGGGGGCAUCCUGAGGGCCGUGCUGAAGCUGCCCUCGGCUGCCAGCCGGGUCAAGGCCUUCUCCACCUGCUCCUCCCACAUGAUCGUGGUGGCCCUCUUUUAUGCCUCCGCCUUCACGGUCUAUGUGGGGCCACCUGGGAACCGCUCUGAGGGCACAGACAAGUGUAUCGCCUUGGUGUAUGCCCUUCUCACUCCUCUCCUCAACCCCAUCGUCUAUACCCUUCACAACAAGGAAGUGAGGGAGGCCGUGAAGAGGGUCACUGUCAGGGUCAGGACUAUUCUGAAGGGACCCUGACGGGCUGAAUUGGUCACAGCUCAGCUGCUUGGCCGCAGUGGGAACCGGCCGGUUGGUUGGUCAAUCAUCUGGUCAGGGUUGAAGUCCACACCAGUGAACGAAUCCAUCAGAUUAUCUGUCGAACGUGCUGCAGACGCGCACUCAGGGGGACAUACCUGGGUUCAUCAGACGUGAACAUGUAGGGAGAAGGGAGGUGUGUGUUCGAUUCCAUUCCAAUCUAACGGGGGGGAAAUGCCACAGAGGAGAAAAGAAAAAAACAGGGACCCUAUGGAAAUGCUUCUGCUGAACUUCCAACCUGGGGAGACAGAGCAACGCUGAGCAGAGG